AUGGUCCUAGACCUGCCUGGCUUCUAUUAUGACGAGGCCACCAACCGUUACUUCCGCCUGCCCCGACCUGCCGCUCUGGCCCCCUCACCCUCUCCGUUAGCAGCAGCUGGUGGUGUGCAUGCAGUGGGAGGGGGAGGAAGAGGAGGAGGACGAGGAGGGGAAGGUGGAGGUGUAGGGAGAGGAGGAAGUGGGGAUGGGGGGAGGGGAGGAGGGGGAGGAAGAGGUGGGGAACGGUAUGGAGGAGAGAGAGACAGGCAUGGCAAAGCCCACCCAUCGUCCGCGACAGUUUCUGAGAAAGUUCCCACCGUUUUUCAGCUGCUGCGUGAGAGGGAGGCAGGAGGUCGCCGCUGGCACCCCUCAGUAGUGUCAUAUGAUUCGUCGCCUGUGCAUGGAGCACAUUCGUUAAGAGCAGAGUGCACGUUAGAGUCACAGCCGGCCUCAGAAAGGAGGCGGAGGAGGAAACGAGGGAAAGAGCAUGCAGAGAAGCAGCAGCAGGAUGGGUCUCACCACACUUCCAUGGAGUAUGGUCUUGUGCAGCGCCGUUCGCAUGGGGACGCUGUUGGUGGUAAUGUUAGUUACAGCAGUGCUCAUAACGAGCGUGCUACUAAUGGUCGUGCUGGUGCUGAUCUUGUUGGUGACAGUGGUCGUGGGGGUCAUGGGGCCCGUCUGAAGGCGGUUUCUUUUGAGUCGACUCAAAAGUCAUGUGACAGUGGUCGUGGGGGUCAUGGGGACUGUCUGAAGGCGGUUUCGUCGGUGUUUGGCCGCGCGUUUGAAACGGCAGCUCGCACUGCUGGCAUGAGGAACCUCAAGAUGUGGCAGUAUCAGGUAACGGAAAGGGCGUGUGAUGCGGGCAUGGCAGUGAUGCAUGUGGUGGCGCAAGGGGACGAGGGCGCGCAUGUGCGCACCGGCUUGCUCGUGGGCCAUCGAUUGGGGGAUGUGAGCCUUCUGGAGCUCACGGAUCAGGAGGAGACGCCUAGCACCACUCGCCCCACCACCCUCCAGCACCACUGGCCUGUGCUUCUUUCCUCAGGCAGCUCCAUUUCCACAUCCGGGCAGCGGGUCGCAACUUAUGAUCUGCCCAGGCCCCCUCCGCCUCCGGCCUUCUCAAGCUUGCACUCCCUCUUUCUGGGCUCGGAUGUUACGAGCAUACGCACGCUUCCUUGGGGCAGCAGAGCGAUUGGAGAUUCUGGUGUUGCUGCGGGCAGCUGUGCAGCCAUCACGACUCUAGGCACGGGGGGGCACCCGGCCCGUGUGUUGCUCGCUGCACUCGACCUCGCAGACUCUUCUGGUGGUGGUCCAACUCGUGGAGGCACAUCUGGUGCCAAUGGUGCCGCAGCUGGUGCUGGUGUUGCUAGCGCGGCUGGUGCGGGUGUUUCAAGAGGUGGUGGAAGUGGCAGGAGAGGGAGCAGCAGGCAGCGCCUUCUUCAUUGGCAAGUGGAGAGGCAGUUUGAGUUGCCGGGCAGCGUAUGGGCGUGUGAAUGCUCGCCGAAGCAAGGGGAGAUUGGAGUGGGCACGUCCCUGGGAUUGCGGCUGCUGCACGUGGAGACGGGGCAGAGGACAGCCCUGUGCCACAGCAACAGUGACGUGCUAGCGCUGCAGGUCACAGGGGAGGGCAGCACCUACCUGGCUGGUUUCCGCAACGGAGCCAUUGCCACCAUCGACAUGCGCGCACCCCUGCCCACCUCAGCCAAGCAGCUCCCACCACCGCCGCUCAGGCACCCAGCGGAUUGGAGGGGGCUGGGGGGUGGCAGGAGGGGCAAGAGGGGUGCAGCAGGGGAGGUGAAUGAGUAUUACUGCAGCCACCAGCGAGUCAUGCGCAUGCCUUCUGCUGUAUCUGGCAUGCAGGCAAUGAAGCAGAGUGAUUUCUACCUCUUCGCAUCCUCCUUUGAUGGAUCCUUGUUUCAAUGGGACCUCCGCUCUUCGGCGACGCCCCUACGCCAGUUGCAGGGCCACAGAAACUCGCACUUCCACCUGCCACUGCUGCUUGACCCUUCAGAGAACUUCAUAUGUGCACCUGGAAAUGACUAUGAAGCUCGCAUAUGGAGUGUUUCAACUGGUGCCUUGCUGUCAGCGGCUCACCUCCCUGGUCAUGCUACUGCUGCUCUUUGGUCUUGUACAUCUGGAGAAUCGAGGCUUGCGAAGGUGCCCAUCGAGCGCAUCCGCAACUUCAGCAUCAUCGCGCACAUCGACCAUGGCAAGUCGACGCUGGCCGACAAGCUGCUCGAGACGACGGGCACGGUGCAGGCGCGCGAGAUGAAGGAGCAGUUCCUGGAUAACAUGGAGCUGGAGAGAGAGCGAGGGAUCACGAUCAAACUGCAGGCAGCGCGCAUGCGGCAUGUAUCACGGGUGGACGGCAAGGCGUACUGUCUGAACCUCAUUGACACGCCCGGCCAUGUGGACUUCAGCUACGAGGUGUCCCGCUCGCUGGCUGCAUGCGAGGGAGCGCUGCUGGUGGUGGACGCGUCUCAGGGUGUGGAGGCACAGACGCUGGCAAACGUGUACCUCGCAAUAGAGGGCAACCUGGAGAUUAUUCCGGUGUUGAACAAAAUUGAUCUGCCAGGGGCGGAUCCGGAGCGCGUACGGGCAGAGGUGGAGGAGGUGGUGGGGCUGGACGCGUCAGACGCCAUCCUGUGUUCCGCCAAGGAGGGCGUGGGCAUUCAGGACAUCCUCGAGUCCAUCAUUGCCAAAGUGCCACCCCCUGCCCCCACUAGGGACCAACCCCUGCGGUGCCUCAUCUUCGACAGCUACUACGACCCAUACCGGGGGGUGAUAGUGUACUUCCGCGUGGUGGACGGCGAGGUACGCAAGGGCGACAGCGUGCGCUUCAUGGCGAGUGGCAAGCAGUACGAGGUGGACGAGCUGGGGGUGCUCUCGCCCACGCAGAUGCCCGUCGAUUGCCUCUAUGCUGGCGAGGUGGGGUAUCUUGCAGCGUCCAUUCGCCAAGUGGCAGAUGCGAGGGUGGGAGACACAAUCACCCACGCAGGGGGAGCGGGCAAGGGCGGCCCACCGGCCAAGGAGGGGUUGCCCGGGUACAGGGAGGCGGUGCCGAUGGUGUUCUGCGGGCUCUUCCCCAUCGACGCCGACCAGUUCCCCUCCUUGAGAGAAGCGCUGGAGAAGCUGCAACUGAAUGAUGCGGCACUACAGUUUGAGCCGGAGAGCAGCAGCGCCAUGGGCUUUGGCUUCCGCUGUGGCUUCCUGGGUCUGCUGCACAUGGACGUGGUGCAGGAACGCUUGGAGCGAGAGUACAGCCUUGAUCUGAUCACAACCGCUCCCAGCGUCGUGUACCGAGUGGUGAAGCGGGACGGGUCGGUGGUGGAGUGUUCCAACCCCGCUGACAUGCCGGAUGCCUCUGUGCGCACUGAGAUCCAGGAGCCCUACGUGCGGCUGGAUAUUCUGACUCCCAAGGAGUACAUCGGCACUCUCAUGGAUUUGGCUCAGGAGAGGCGCGGAGAGUUUGUGGAGAUGAAGUAUGUCACCGAGUCGCGCACCACUCUGUCCUAUGACACCCCUCUGGGCGAGGUGGUGGGGGAUUUCUUUGACCAGCUGAAGUCUCGCACCAAGGGUUACGCCAGCAUGGAGUAUAAAGUCAUCGGGUACCGCAAGAGCAAUUUGGUGAAGAUGGACAUUCAGCUCAAUGGGGAAAUCGUGGAGCCGUUGUCGGCCAUUGUGCACCAGGAAAAGGUGCGCUCAGUGUUCAAAAUCCCCAUCCAGGCAUCCAUGCAUGAUGGUGUGCUGGUUGCAGGUGGUGACAUUUCCCGAAAGAAGAAAUUGUUGAAGAAGCAAGCAGCGGGGAAGAAGAGAAUGAAAGCGCUUGGACGAGUUGAGGUGCCUCAAGAUGCCUUCAUGGCUGUGCUUAGACUUGAGAAAGAAAGCUUGUGA